CCGGAAGUCGCCAGCAGGUGCCACCGGAAAGAGUGUUCGGGUCCGCAGUAUAAGAGGUUGGAAGCUAACGGGCGUUUUAAUAAUUACAACAAACUGCUCCAUUACAACGAAAGAGAAAGAACUUAUAAUACUAUAAAGUACUCCCUUUGGUAAAAUGUCUUCUGCUGAAAUGAGUGCUGCUGUCCCCAACCAUCGAAGGACCAAGCCCGGUGGUAUAAAGACCGUGGUUGUGCCCAGCGGCGCGACUGGACCGACUGGACCGACCUCCCAGAUCCCCGGUCUGUCCCAGACUGCUGAUGAAACCUCUCCGGUGGAGUGGACCAGCGGGAGGCGAGUUGGGAUCGUAGAGUCGGACUCGGAGUAUGUCAAGCUGGCAAAGGGAGGCGGCCACAAAGGGCUGUUGAGUCAUGAUGCUGAUGAUGAUGACCAACCUAAGAUGGCUUACAGCCCAACCAACUGGUUCGGAAAUGAUGAGUCAAAGAGCGGAAGCAAAGCAACGUCUCCCGACAGCGAGAUGAAGGGAACCAGGCGGCCUAUGGCUGCACCGUUUGGCACCGAUAACGGUUCGUCCUGGGAAAAAGACGAUAGAUUUUCUCCCGAUAAAGAGAAGAUGUCUCCUGAUGGAGUUGCCAAUGAGAUGGAGGGUCUGUCCAUGACCAACAAAUACAAGAGAACGUCUCAUGAGAAGAAUGCGACCCCGGUCAGCAUGACCAAGCUGCUGAGUCAUGGCUAUGUUGGGGACAAGAAGAAGUCUCCUAAUGAUGACGACGCCUCAAGUGUGACGUCAGAUCAGACCAGCACCAUCAUGACGGAGGACGUGGACGAGCUGGAGUAGUGCAUACAGGUCUCGAGGGGAAAAGGGGGUCGUCCUAACACUGGUUCAUGGUUUCCACAAAAAUCCCCUCUCGGAUUCACUCGCAUUUAUUGUACAUCCACUGACUGUUAGGUUUUGUACUCAUGUUUAUGCAAAGGUACGGUCCUCUCUAUUUAUUUGCUCUAAUUUGUACACAGAUUAUGUUGAGUAGACGUGUCGGCGCUCGCCGUGUUUUUUCAGUAUUUCUCGAUUUGAAAGACGAGUUGUGCACAGGGAAGGAAACUAAUUUUGGGUCCACAGAGGCUGUUUGAAGGAAAAUAUCACAACUGUUUCACCAGCCAAAGCUUGAAUUGAGCUUUUGUUGACUGGAGGCUGGUGUUAGUUUCCCUCCCUGGUUGUAUGAAGAUCGAGUUAGUGAAUUUAAAAAAGUGUUUGUGCUAAUGAAAUGUGGUUCCAGUGACGUGAAAUAUUAUUUGUUUCGAUCAAGGGCUCCUGCUCUCUGAUGGGAUGCUAGAGGUUUGUGUGUUUACGGCUGCGAUCGUUCGUUGAGACGGCCGCCCCGCAACUGUGACCACAUGCCAAAGUGGUUGGUUAAAAAGGGCCAAAGAUGAUUUCUUUUAAGUUGCUGCUCUGCAAAAGGUUGCCCUUUUCCAUGAUCAUGUUGUGUUUGAGUCCCUAAAAUCAAGAAAAAUGCAUCGUUUUACUGUGCAAGCUGCCAAUAAGCAGAAUAAAAGCCUCAUAUUAAAACACUAAAUUAACUCAAAUGAUGUUUACAAGUCUCCAGGUGCUGCUAGAUCAAUUUUAUCAUCACUGUUUAUUAGGAAGCUCCAAAUGUGUCAGAAGCUCGCUAAGUAUAUAACUAAAUUGGGUCCAUUCUGCAUGUUAAAGCCCUUCAGUGUUGUGUCAUUCAGCCUAUUAAACCCCAAACACUCAUGCAACAACAG